AUGGCUUCUAAAGUAUCAAUGGUUAAGUUCCAUAAUGGCUGCGAGUGUCCAAUUCUAGGGAUCGGCACCUGGAAGUCGAAGGUCGGGGAGGUGACGCAGGCGGUGAAGGACGCUAUUGAUAUCGGUUACCGUCACAUCGACUGCGCGUUCGUCUACGGCAACGAGAAGGAAGUUGGAGAAGCCAUCACGGUCAAGAUCAAUGAUGGCACUGUUAAGAGAGAAGAUCUGUUCAUCACGUCGAAGUUAUGGAACACAUUUCACCGCCCAGACCUGGUCCGCGGAGCUCUCCAGGCGACCUUAACAAACUUGAACCUUAAAUAUUUGGACUUAUACCUCAUUCACUGGCCUCAGGCCUACAAGGAGGAUGGUCCGCUGUUCCCUUCCGACGAGUCAGGCAAGAUAUUGUUCUCUGAUGUGGACUACGUUGAUACAUGGAAGGCGAUGGAGAAGCUCGUCGAUGAAGGUCUCGUCAAGAGCAUCGGUAUUUCCAACUUCAACUCAAAACAAAUCGUCCGGUUGCUGGAGCACGCUACCAUCAAACCCGUCACUAACCAGAUAGAAUGUCACCCUUACCUGAACCAGAAACGUCUCAAAGACUUCUGCGAAGAGCGUGGCAUCAAGAUCACGGCGUACUCGCCGCUCGGCUCGCCCGACCGGCCCUGGUCCCAGCCCGGGGACCCGCAGCUCAUGGACGACAACAAACUAAAGGCUAUCGCUGAAAGACUCGGCAAGACCACCGCUCAAGUACUUAUCAGGUACCAAAUAGACCGCGGUAACAUUGUGAUCCCCAAGUCGGUGACCAAGUCCCGUAUAGCGAGCAACUUCGACGUGCUGGACUUCAAGCUGUCGCAGGAGGACAUGGCGCUCAUCGACUCCUUCGACUGCAACGGACGCAUGGUGCCCAUGAAUGCUUCCCUGGGCCACAAAUAUCAUCCAUUCGAGAACGAGGAGUUCUAA